CACAAAUCGACUGACUUGGAGUUUGUGAUAUGUGAUAUUUAAAGAGUGAGUUACUUUUUCAGGGGUGCGGCAAAUGCAAUCGCAUUCAUUUAAAAAUAAUAGCGGUUAUUUGUUUACUAGCAAACAUUGUCCUAACGUUGACAUUCCUAAUUCUUAUAAUAAUCUGGGCUGUUAUUAGUUCAUCUUUAACAAUGCCACAAGAAAGCUUAGCAUGCAUUUCUUGCGACACAAUGAAGUCCAAUGCUCAAAUAAACCUCGGUCCAGAAGCUUUUGGUCAGUCUGCUGUCAAACAGAGAGACGAUGGGAUGUGUUGCGGUCCUACGAAAAGCCUUUUUGAAAUGUUGUUUCAAACGGAAAUGGCAGCUCAGUAUUACUACAGCAGUUCCAGUCAAAGUCUCAUUGACAUAGCGGAAGAGUAUGCUGACUGUGAAAAAGAAACAAACGACAAGCAGCCAAUUGCUAAAGUAGUUGGAAUUGUUGGGUUCAAACCAAGCUACAUUAUUGAUGGUCAUCACAAGAUCCUGUGGAAUAAAAACGGUCAAACAUUUUACGCAAACAAUUGCCUCCACUUGGAACUCGAAGGGGAAAUAUUCAUCAGGCAGCCUGGCUACUACAUCGUUUCUUCGCAGCUGAAUCUACGACGACAAAAUGAGACAGACACACCGAUAAAUGAAACCAGACCAACUACUUUCAUUCAUCAUGUUGAUCUCCUUUCACACAAAUAUGGCACGACUGGUGUCUUAAUGCAAACCAAGAAAUCAAUUGAAAUAAAUGGUGUAUACUUCACAAGUUUCCUGUCAGCGGUUUUCAAGCUGAACAAAUAUGAUAGGCUCUCUGUUUCCAUAUCCCAACCUGACUUGUUAGACAUUGGCCAUUCUAAUGAUAAUUUCCAGAUUUAUUACACUUAUAAUCUGCAAUAAUCGCUUCACAAAGUGAUCUUUAAUUAUGACACGAUAUAGAUCAAUAAAUACACUCAUAUACUUUAAUUUACUAAAAUCAACAACAAAUCAUCAACUAUUUGCACGUACAUGCAAUCAUUUGAAAACAAGUAUCAACAUGUAUAUUUUCAUUUAUGGCAGAAGCGAGCAUUUAUCGUUUUGGGUUUGCUUUAA